AACAAGAUGGAUGUUGAAGCUGUUCAAGGGUUUUUGGAUCAGGAAAAUCCAGUUGCUAGAGCCCGGGCACUGCAAUAUUUUGAGCAGUUGAAAGAAUCUGAAGAUGGAUGGAAACUUAGCAUUAAUUUUUUGACUAACACUAAAGGACAGAAAGACCAAGUUAAAUUUUUCUGUUUUCAAGUUAUUUCACAUUACAUAAAAACCAAGUAUCCAUAUUGUGAUGAAAGUCAGCAACAAACUAUCAGGAAGUUUGUGAGUCAUUGGAUUCAAUGCCAAUGCUCAACAUCAGAUCCAGACUCAGCCCUUAUCCAAAACAAAGCAGCACAGAUAUUUUGCAUGAUAUUUUUAUCAGAUUAUCCUGCUCGGUGGUCAACAUUCUUUGAUGACUUAUUGGGAAUUCUGCCUUUAGGACCUACAGCUGUUGGCAUUUAUCUUCGUUUAUUGUAUGCCAUCAACUCAGAUAUUGCUGAUCGAGAAAUUCCACGAUCCCAGAAGGAGUUGGAAACAUUUACUUUUAUAAAAGAUACAAUGCGCGAAACCUGUGUUCCAAAGCUAGUGGAUACCUGGCAUCAUAUACUAGUUACAUACCAGAGCUUAAAUACAGAUCUUGUGUGCCUAUGCCUUGAUGUGAUUGGAAGCUAUAUUGCUUGGAUCGACAUUGGGCUGAUAGCAAAUGAUCGCUUUGUUCAAGUGUUUGUCAAGUUUUUGUCCAUGCCAUCACUUCGUGAAGCUACUUGUGACUGCAUACACCAUAUUAUAAACAAGGGCAUGGAUCCUGUCGCCAAAGUAAAACUUGUUGAGUCCUAUGUGACAGUUUUGGAGCAGGCAGGAGUUUUGGUCUUUACUGGUACAGGUGAUGAUGAAGAUUUCAUGGUCAAAUUGGCAAAUUUAGUGAAUGGUAUGGGUACAGCUAUCCUUAAUAGCUGGACAAGGUUGCAAAAAUUUAAGGAUGCAGAGGGUAUGACUUUUGUUUCCAAUGCCAUACAUAACAAAGUCGACUUACUUUUGAAAUUUUUGAGCAAUGAUGAUGACGAAGUGUCCCAGGCAGUUGUUGAAUUUGCCCGAGAAUAUCUUGGAUUCCUCAAGAACAAAGCAACUGCAGGGGUGUACAGCUUACCAGAUUCCAAAAAUGUUGAAGCUAUUCUGUGCAUUGUAAUCAACAAAUACAAGUAUGACAAGUCUACUGAUUUUAACAGUCAGGGACAAGAAGAAGCUAUGUUUCAGGACUAUCGAAAAUCAUUGAAAGUACUUUUUGACAACUUGGCAAUGUUGGACUUAAAUCUGGUAUUUACUCGAACUAAAGUAAUGAUUACAGACACACUUCAUCAUUGGAGGAACUUGCCUUUUGAAGAUUUAGAAGUUGCUAUCAUGUUUCUUUACCUUUUAGGAGAAGCUGUUCCUAACAGUCAGGGUAAUCUAAUAAGCAACUCAGCUGAUAAAAAAACCGAAAUGCAUGAAAUGCUACAACUGCUAGUCACUUCAGGGAUCAGUCGGCAUGGACAUCCAGCCGUCACACUGCAAUUUUUUGAGACAGUUGUGCGCUUUGAAAAGUUUUUUGCCCAAGAGUCACAAUAUAUUCCUGAAAUCCUUGCAGCAUUUUUGGAUGACAGAGGACUUCGUAACGCAGAUCCUCAUGUCAGGAGCAGGGCUGCUUAUCUAUUUUCUCGUUUCAUCAAAUGCUUGAAGACUAAUAUGUUUAAUUAUACGGAAGAAAUUUUGAAGCAGCUUCAAGAGUUAUUACUUUUGCCACCACCUGAAAAUGGGCUGGGAGUUUCACUGAUGUCGCCAGAUGAUCAGCUAUAUUUAUAUGAGACGGCAGCUAUACUGGUGGUCUCAGGGAACUUCAAACCAGAAACUAAGCAAAUGAUUUUGAAAAGUUUGCUAUCACCUGUUGCAGAAAAGUUUGAUAUGCUUUUACAGAAGUUAUUAGUGACUUCUGAUAAACAACAAAGGCAUGAAAUAGCAAAAUGUAUGAAUCAUGCUAUUGCAGUUACUAGUCGUACAAGUAAAGCUUUCUCAAAUCAACAAACCAUUAAAUCUUGUGGAUGUGUUGAAGUUUACUUGCAAGCUCUUCAAGUGUUCUUAGGUGCUCUAAAUUUGCCCUAUGAACAAGCCACUCUGCAGUCAGCAGUGAGGCAGUACUUGCAUCGAAUGGUUGUUUGUCUGGAACAAGAAGUGCUACCCUAUUUCCCUACUGCAGCAGAGCAAUUGCUCAAGUCCUCUGACAUACGCAGCAUUCAAGAAUUCAUACCAUUAAUCAAUCAAGUCAUCAGUAAAUUUAAGAAAGAAGUUGUUCCCUUCAUUCAGCAAAUUUUCAUGCCUUUUGUGACUGCCAUUUUUAAUGCAUUAUUGGUCCCUAUUGACGAAAAUGACCAGCCUGCUCAGAGUGAGCGACAGCUUCUGCAGAGAAGUUAUUUCCUUUUCAUAGCUGCUAUAGUUACUAAUAAUAUUACUGAAGUUAUAGCUGCUCAAGACAUGCAAAAUUUGGAACAAAUUUUGCUAACAGUAAUCCAAGGAGCUGUGGAUUUUCCUGAUCCCGUUGCUCAGAAGACUUGCUUCAGCAUCUUAAAAAAAAUAGUUGAUCUGUGGGGAAGCUCUGAAGGAGUCUCGGGCUUUGUAGAUUUCAUGUACAGCAACAUAGUUCCUGCAUGUUUCAUGGCUCCGUUAAAAGAAACAUUUGACUUGAAUGAUGCCCAAACUAUUUUGGCUCUCUCAGAAAGUGCCUUAUGCCUGAAGACUGUCCUGGACAAGAGGGGGGAGGAGUUUAUAACCUAUUUGAAAAACAACUAUUUGCCAACAUUGAAUAUGUCACAUGAAAAGAUUGAAGAGUACUGUCAAGCUCUACGCUCUGAUCCAAAGGCUUUUAAGAAUUAUUUAAGGUUUUUUUUCCAGAAAGCUAGGACGUAGUGAAGGCAUUGCUCAAAUUUACAAAAUGCUUAUGAAGUGCUAAAUUUAUUUAAAUAGCAAAUUCAAAUGUACAGUGUACAAAUGUAUUAUAUGUGUGAUGUGUUGAAUGUGUUUGCAAAGCAUGAAUUUGAAAAAGAAAUUUUAUAUUGAAAUGUACUACUUUGUUAUUAAGCAUGCAUUCCUUGUUAUAUUAAACUUAUUAAGUGUUUUGAUGAUGUAUGUAAGAGCAGUGUGUGAUUGAUUAUCUGUGAUUUUUGUUAUUGUAUAUAGGUGCUGCAAAAGUAGUUUUUUUUAUAAUUUAUGUGGGUCUCCCAAAAUAAUGCAGACUUGA